GCGGAUCGGGAUGUUGGGAUAUUUUAUGUCAAGGUGUACAUCGUCUUGGUUGAGAGUGAAACUACGGUUGGUUCCCAGUCGAAAGAUAGGGUCUUUACAAUGGCCAAGAACAACUCAACAGGGUCACAUCCAUCCAAUCCACCAAAUACUCUAGCUAAAAUGAAAGAGCAUGCAUGCAAGUUGGCAUUAUGGCUUCUGCACCUGCUGGCCAGUUGUGUGAUGGCUGUGUGCCGAGCUGGGCAGUUGGCGCGGCAGCGGCUGUGGCCGGCCGCCCAGACGCCGCCGCUGGCCGUGAUGUGCGCGGACGCCCGGCGCCUGCAGAAGCGGCCUCAGCACCUGGGCAUCAUCCUCGUGGAGCCUGACAUGUGCUGGCAGACUCUGGCCGACAUCAUCCUCUGGAGCAUGGCGUACGGCAUCGAGUACGUCAGCGUGUACGAGCGGAGCGGCCGGGUGCGGGAGUCGGCGGCGGCGCAGCUGCGGCCGCUGCUGGCGCGCCGCCAACGUCACCUGUUCGCCACCACUGCGGCCUCGGUGCGCUUCGUUGACGACGGCACAGCGGACGGCGAUGUCGGCGACGGCUGCAGCGGCGCGGCCCACCGCGUGACGGUGGCGCUGCUCUGGGAGCCGGACGGCGUGGCUGACAUGGUGGCCGCGGCGCGCCGGCUCUGCGGCCAGGUGGCGGCCGGCGCGCGUCAACCCGGCUCGAUUGACCGUCACAUGUUCGGGGACGAGCUGCGGGCUGCGCGCCGCUGGCCGGACCCGGCGCUGGCGCUGAAGCUGGGCUCGCUGCCAGCGCUGCUCGGCUACCUGCCCUGGCAGCUGCGCCUCACCGAGAUACUAGACGCGCCGGCGCGUCGCCCCCUGACCUACGCCGACUUCCGGCGGCUGAUGGUCACCUACGGCGGUAUCCAGCAGCGGCUGGGCUCGUGAUCGGCGGCAUCUGGAGGCGGCUGGGCCCGUGAUCUGCGGCGUCUGGAGGCGGCUGGGCUCGCGAUCAGCGGCAUCUGGAGACGGCUGGGCUCGUGAUCAGCGGCAUCUGGAGGCGGCUGGGCUCGUGAUCAGCGGCAUCUGGAGGCGGCUGGGCUCGUGAUCAGCGGCAUCUGGAGGCGGCUGGGCUCGUGAUCAGCGGCAUCUGGAGGCGGCUAGGCUCGAUCAGCAGCAUCUGGAGGCGGCUGGGCCCGUGAUCAGCGGCAUCUGGAGGCGGCUGGGCUCGUGAUCAGCGGCAUCCAGAGGUAGCUGGGCUCGUGAUCACCGGCAUCGGGAGGUGGCUGGGCUCGUUUCAUCCGGCUGCUAUCCGCGAGGCCGACAGCAGCAAGUGACGAGAUGUCUGUUGACCAACGCUGCUACAUUCCAUAGUUGGAGCUUUCGCCGGCUGGGCUGCGUGCCAGUAAGCUAGAGGGCUUAUGAGUGGGUGUUCAGAUGGCUGGGAACGUGAUAAUGGGACCUGAUGCGUAUCGCCAACACGUGAAUACAUGUGUCCGAUUGUGCUAGACAGAUGCGUAGAUGAAAACCGAUCGGGGCAGGAAGCCAGCAUUUUCAUUAUCUCGGUUGAAGGGCUCGUUGACGGUGAAUGUCUUUUUGCGACAUGUUGAAAAUUGUCAACAAACUAUCGUUUGGCUAUUCGCACGCAUCUGCUGUUCUGAUGCGAAACAGAUAGCUACACUCCGUGGCUGUCUACGCUGAAGAGUCACUGCUGUCGAGUUCGCAAAUGGUCCCGUUGAAACUACCUUUG